GCUUCUGAUUGGGUUAAUCAUGCGGCCACCGACACCUGGUUGCGUCUGGAAACUUUUUUUAAACUUUGAACCAAACUUUUCGUCGUCGCGCAGAGAAAAACAAGCCACGAUGCUUUGUUGUCUUAAAACCCUGCCAGCCCCACUUCAGAUCUGCAUGGGAGUGUGCCUUCACCAGGAUGUGACAGAGGAGGCGAAAAAGGCCAAACUCCAGAGCUCCAAAAUAGAACAAGACCUCUGUGAACAUGCCCGGACCGAGGUCAACGUGGUGAAAAUCCUUUUGCUCGGAGCCGCAGAGAGUGGAAAGAGUACAGUGAUCAAACAGAUAAAGAUCAUUCACAGUCACGGCUUCUCCAAGCAGGAGCUGGUCAGUUUCAAGCCUGCAGUGCUCGACAACCUCCUGACCUCUAUGAAGUUUGUUCUCCGAGGAAUGGGGAUGCUGAGGAUAAACCUCGCGAACAAGAAGAACAAGAUGCACGCUCGGUCCAUCCUGUCCUGCAGCCUGUGUGUGGGGGACGACCAGGAGCUGCUUCCCUUCGUAGCUCAUGCUUUCUGUUCACUCUGGGCCGACCAAGGGGUGCGAGCAGCCGCAGCCAGAGGUCACGAUUUCGAGCUGAACGACUCUGCUCUCUAUUUCUUUGACAACAUGAGUCGAAUCAUCGCUCCCAACUACGUCCCCACCGAGACAGAUGUUCUGAGAGUGAGACUGCGGACCUGUGGAAUCAUCGAGACGCAGUUUCAAGUUAAAGAAACGAUCUUUCGAUUGUAUGAUGUCGGGGGCCAGCGGAGUGAGAGAAGGAAGUGGCUCCGUUGCUUCGACUGUAUUCAGGUGGUGCUGUUUGUCGUGGCCCUCAGCAGCUACGAUGCGACACUGAUGGAGGACCCCUCAGCGAAUCGGCUGCAUGAAAGUCUUCAACUCUUUACAUCGAUCUGCACCAACUCCGUCUUUUACAGCACCUCACUGAUUCUGUUCAUGAACAAAACGGACCUGUUUCGGGAGAAGAUCCUUCAUUCUGGAAGACACUUGAGGUUUUACCUUUCUAACUACACAGGAGCAGAUGGUGAUGUGGAUGCUGCAGCCCACCACAUCACCGCCAUGUUUUCGUCAUGCAACAACAGUCCUGACAAGCCAGUGUACCACCACUUCACCACGGCCACUGACACCACCAACAUCCAGAUGGUUUUCCACAUGGUCAUAGAUCCGAUUAUCAAGGAGAACCUCGCAGCUGUGCAGCUCCUGUGAAAGUCUCCUGAAGACUGAGUUUUUAUUUUUAUAAUUUACAGCACUGAAAUUUAAAUUCCAUCACAGCUGUUCUCUGUAUAAAUGUUUUUUUUUUAAAGAUUUAAGUUAUUUAAGAGACUAAUAAGUCACGAUAAUGAGUUUUUUCAAGCUGCUACUCAUUUUAUUUUAAAGCAUUUUAAAUAAAAUAUUUAUUGACAAGCAUGGCUGGACAUUUUAAUGCAUUUUAUUGAUGAGCUUUUAUUUCCCCUUUAUUGAACAGGCUUUUUUCUUUUACUUUUUUUUGGGACAUAUUUAAUGCUUCUUAAUGACCAAUAACAGGAGUACCCAUCUUUCUGUAAGUUCACUUGUCUUAUCUCCAGUGUUCACAGGGAAAU